CUCUCAAUCAACAUGUCUGAGGCGAGUUUCGAUCAAUACGAGCACUACAAUUACGAUCAUGGCAAACACAUCUUCACCGCGCACAGCGGUAAGCAGCGCUCCAAGAAGGAAGCCAGCGAUCAUACCAAUCACUUUGAUCCCUCGGGACAUUCGAGGAAAAUUUUAACCAAGCUGGUGAACACCAAUAACAACAAAAAGGCGUGCAAAAACUAAAUGUUUGCGUUACGAUAAAAAAGUAAAAGGAAACCAAAUCGAAUUUUGAUAACAUAAAAAAAAAUCAUGAAAGUGAAAGGCAAGAGAGGGAGAAAGUAAUGCUAUUAUAUAGAUACAAUACCUACAACCUGUUAGAUAUAUUAAACACAUAUUGUUGUAUUUAGCUAUAAGUAAUUAUACAUAAAGUAAAAAUAUAUACUUUAAAAUUGCUUAUA